UGACAACAUUUCUUAAAAUUUCAGAUGGUGCAGAACAUGAUUCCAAAGGCAUUGAGACCCAUGAAAUUCUACUUUUCUACUGUGUAUCAAGAAAUAUGGGUUGGUGUAGCAUUAACAGCUUAUGCCUACUACAAGAUUUCAUAUGGGGGCAAAAAAUCAUCAGGAAAUAAGUCCUCUGGUUCUGGCCAUCAUUAAAGAUCUCUUCUCUUCUUGGAAUAUGAAUUUGGUGGUUCAUCAUCUCUACUGCAAAUGAAGAAAGUUACAACCAUAGGGACAUGAAUGCUAGAACCCGACCUGGUCCAUCUGCUGUAAUUG